UCUCCUGUGGUUGUUUGCAGGUCAUGGCACAGGCUGGCGGGCUGCCACAGGCCAGUCCUUCUUCUGGCCAGCCCUAUGUGAGCAAGCUGGUUCUGCUUGGAAGCAGUUCUGUGGGCAAGACCAGCCUGGCCCUCCGGUACAUGAAGCAGGACUUCAGCAACAUCUUGCCAACUGUGGGGUGUGCCUUCUUCACAAAGGUGGUGGACUUGGGUUCCUCGUCUCUGAAGCUUGAGAUCUGGGACACAGCCGGCCAGGAGAAGUACCACAGCGUCUGCCACCUCUACUUCCGGGGAGCUAAUGCUGCGCUCCUUGUUUAUGACAUCACUAGGAAGGAUUCCUUUCACAAGGCCCAGCAGUGGCUGGAGGACCUGGAGAAGGAGUUCCAUCCAGGAGAGGUGGUGGUGAUGCUGGUCGGCAACAAAACGGAUCUCGGCGAGGAGCGGGAAGUGACCUUCCAGGAAGGAAAAGAGUUUGCAGAGAGCAAAAGCCUGCUGUUCAUGGAAUCCUCUGCCAAGCUGAACUACCAGGUAUCCGAGAUCUUCAACACCAUUGCCCAGGAGCUGCUACAGAGAGCGGGAGAUGGGCAGAGCAGCAGCCCACAGGAGGGUGAGGCCGUGGUUCUGAACCAGGGACCUACAGUCAGGCCGCGCCAGUGCUGUGCAUGACAGCCGCUGCCACUGCAGGAGAGCGAGUGGAGGAUAUCUCAGCCUGUGCUUCCGAGGGUCUCCAGCCCAAGCUACAUCUUCAAGAGUCUGCUGGCUCUUUGUCCAUUCAUGUUCUCUGUCGAAGAUGGCUUAUGGGUGAGCUCUGGAGGCUACCAGGAGUUGCUUUCCUUUGUAAUAACCGCUUGCCAAAGCUGAUGGGAACUGUCUCGGGGAGGAUCCAGGGUCGAAUGGCUUCCAGAAGACUGUCAGCCCUACCUUACCAGAUACACAGAUACCUGAAUGCUCUGAGCCAAGUGUGCCUGCCCCGCCUGGGCUG